UUGUGGUUGGAGUUGUUUUGGUUUACAGCUGAAGAUAAGGUUAUCAUUAUGGCAUUACUUCGCAGGAAGCUAAAAUUCAACGCAAUGCACAAAGUCUGAAGAGGUCAUGAUGGAACUGACACUAAUCAACAAAGAAGGCCAAAUUCAGUCGCCCUCCAUUCUACUGAGAAGUCACUCCACUCAAGAUUCACGCUAUUUUUCUUUCCCGGAUCAAGAUUAAAGUCUUAGAGGCUUGUGGGAUUCAUAAGAACUUCUACUGCCUCGCUGGUCUCAUGGCCUAACCUCACCAUCAUCUGAGAUUUACGGUGAUCCCAUCCUGAUAGCAAAGACUAAACACCCAUUCUGGACUGAGUCACCCACACUUGAGAUAUUGAUGGCUUCCAGGGAUUCUCCCCCAAGCUACAACCAACAUCGGACGGCCUAUGUAAGGUCGUUGUCGGACAGCUCGGAGAGUGACACGGGCUUAAAAGCUACGUCAGAGCUGUAUAUAUUUGAAAGCGACACACAAAACUUCAUCCUGAGGUCUGACGCACAGACUAAACCCUUACGAUGGACGUCACCCACUGAGGAUAAAGAACAUGAUCAUUGCGUUCCCUUGUGUGAUUCAGCCAAGAGCGUGACACAUGUUCAAGAAUGGCCUACACCGGACUCUGAGUCAGACAUGACAGGACUUAAGCCACCCGCUGAGGUUAACAAUGUCACCCCACAAGGGCCGAGGAGCGUCAGUCCUGCAGAGCUGUGGGCGGAUGCAUGCCAGUUUUUUGCUGGCGAGGAUCCAGAUAAGAUGGAUGUUUUGCCUUCUUCCGUGAGCCACUUAACCCUGGAAGAGACACGGGUAUCAGGUUACGGAUUUCAUGACGGCAUUGACUGGACCACAGAUUGGGCUCCACCGGUGGAGAGGUGGUCCUCAGUGGAGAGCUGGGCCAGCGCUCUGUCAGACUGGAGUGUCAUUGUCUCUAACCCACCCAAGGACCACACUACCGCCUUCUCUGAGUUCGGAGCUGAGAUAGACGCCCUGACCGAAGCGCUAGCGGACAUAAAUCCGUGCGCUGAUACAAAAAGAACAGGGGUGGAUCAAUCCAAGAUGGGAGUCCAAGAUCAGGUGGUGGAAAAAAACACCCAGGAGGAAUCGGGGCAGGGAUGUGUCGCAUUUCUACCGGAAAAUGAUUCAACAGAUCACGAUCAAAAGAAAACAGAAGGCAACUCUACCUGGACUUCCUUAUCUAAAGAUGUGGACCUUAUUGACUUUGUCCAGUUCUUUGAGGAAGACUUUGACAACCACAAUGAAGAAAUCAUACUAAAGAUAGUGGAGGAUGCAGAUGUGAUGGAACAACCUACACCUCCUGAGAUAACAAACAAAGAGCUGUCUGGACAUGAAGAGUUUAACGUGACAGAGGACCAAAGUGUCCCUCGGGAUCAGUGCGCCAAUGCAAGCGACGGUUCAGCCGAGGUUGACCGUAAUGGACUCGAAGCGUCAGCAGAUCCCACGCUGAUGAACCCUUAUGUGUCAGGUGUGCCGGGCCUGGAAUUUAACAUGUUGACCGACACUCUAAUGGACCUUGACGGAGUGCGCCAGAUGGUGCCGCAGGGGGGGUGUCCUAAGUUUAUUGUGCCCGUAGCUCCUCUAGAAAUCAGCUCCAGCUUGGAGUGUCGCAGAAGCAGCUUGGAAGGCGAUCAAAAUAAAAGGGCAUUCAAUGACACUCACCCGCGAGCGUGGAGUCUUUGGACAGUUUGUGAUGAGACCACCAAAGGAGACAACGAAGUGAGAACCACCGAGGAGAUGACUGCGCUCUGUAGGAGACUUUCAACCACAACUGUUAUUUCGGAGAAGAACCGAGGUGCAAGUACUUUUCCGGACAAUCCCAUCACUGGGAAAGUAAAUCAGAAAAUAGCAGCGAAGACGCCUCACAAAAAUGUCAAGACCUCAUUGGAGAGCAAAUCUCGCUCCAAGAAAUCCACCGCCCACCAUCACGGUAGUUCUGCUUCUAAUAUAAUAAAUUUGCCUCAUCUUCCAACUCAAACAGCCUCCAAACAAAAAGAAACAGGAGAAAAUCAGCCUCUUGCGGUUGCCGAGGAGAAAACCGGAAGCAUUGGUGGAGAAAAGUCAAAGCCACAUGGCAAGAAAAAAAAGAAACACAACCAUAAUACGACAGCGGCGAAGAUCGCAGCCGAGCCUGUGGUCGAAACGGACAAUAGCACAAAGGCUAAAUGUGCUAAAGGAAGGAUUGAAACAUUUGAGGCGAAACUCAGCGCCAAACCUACCAAAACCCACAGGGAGACAUCGGACAGUGUUGAGAAAAAGCAUCCAGAUCCAGACAGGCAUCACACCAAAAACAGCCGGCUAAAUGAAGAUAUCAAUAAAAAGCGACGCCUGUCUGAGGAUAAGUUUGGAAAGUUUUUGGAAACAAAGACAACAAAGCCGGGUGUCUCCUUUCAGUUGAAGACUGUGGACGUUGCAAAGGCGGAUGUUGGAGUGCCUCGUAAAAAGGCGCACCCUGAAGUGGACAAACACAAAACAAGCACACCCAAGGAAGAGCCCAAGGUGGUGCAGACCAUCCAGGCGGCGUCUGUGAGCGGCGACCCUCAAAGUCUCAGUCUUUGGUGUCAGUUCUCAGCCAUCUCGAGCGACCGUGUUAUCACCUGGAGGAGAGAGGGCGCUCUGCUGGCAGAGGUGAAGCAAAGUGCAGGGGACGAGAGUCGAGCAUGUGUCACCAUCUCCAAGGCCUCCCACAAAGACCUGGGAAAGUACCAGUGUUGUCUCAGCAGCUCAAAUGGCUCCAUCACACUGGACUACGUACUCACUUAUGAAGUGCUUUGUGAGAUUGUCAUCCCAGCGUCUCCAACAACCAUCUCAUCUGCAUCUGGUGAGACGGGUGCCGAGGAGGAAGACGUCCAGUGCUCCAGGCUGCUGUUCAAAGAGGACUUCCUGUCAGAGCAGUACUUUGGGGAGAACCACCCCGUCAGCAUCGUCACAGAGAAGGCACACUUCGGUGAAGGGAUGCACCGUCGGGCUUUUCGGACCAAGCUGCACAAGGGUCAGGUGCCGCUCUUCCUGUCGGGACACUCGUGCGUCCUCAAAGUGCACAAUGCCGUCAGUUAUGGGACCAAGAACAAUGAAGAACUCGUUCAGAGGAACUUCAGCUUGGCUGUGGAGGAGUGUCAUGUUCAAAACACCGCCAGGGAGUACAUCAAGGAGUACAUGGUCGCCGCCAAGUCUGUGGAAGCCUUCGGUGAAGUUCCAGAGAUCAUUCCCAUCUACCUGGUUCACCGCCCGUCCAGCAACGUCCCGUAUGCCACACUGGAGGAGGAGCUGAUCGGCGAUUUUGUCAAGUACUCGGUGAAGGACGGCAAAGAGAUCAACCUGAUGAGGCGGGACUCUGAGGCGGGACGCAAGUGCUGUGCCUUCCAGCAUUGGGUAUACCAAAGGACGGACGGAAACCUGCUGGUCACUGACAUGCAAGGCGUUGGCAUGAAGCUUACCGACGUAGGAAUCGCAACAUGUAAGAAAGGCUAUAAGGGCUUUAAAGGAAACUGCUCCACCUCCUUCAUUGACCAGUUUAAAGUCUUGCACCAGUGUAACUCCUACUGUGAGAUCCUGGGCCUCACGUCUUUGCAGCCUAAACCGGCGAAAAAACCUUCUUGUGCUCCGAAAAACAAACCUCAACCUCCUGGAGGAGCCAAAAAAAAAACAUUUGGGCCAACGCUGAAAGCAAAGUCCUAACAGGAGGCUAACAGGAGUGUUAAACUGUGAUGUCUUAGCUGGCUUUUUUUUUUUUUUUUUUUUUUUUACUUUUAGUGAUGUUUUCAGGCUGUUAAGUUCAUUAAAUUCAAGAAAUUUGUUAAUUAACUUAUUGUUUGUGAAAAAUGGAGGACAUAUUGUUGUUUGCUAAUUUAGUGUGGGUGGUUUACUUGUACACAUUUAUAAAAAAAAAAACAGUUGCUUGUAAUUUCAUGUAAAGGACAAUCUGCUAUAUGGAAAUAUGAUGUCCCCCGCCCCAUUCCUCAACACACACUGAAGUGUCUCUGCAUUGUUGAGGCUUUGUUGUUGUUCAAGGACACUUUUGACAAAGAAAGACAAGGCCGAAUACAGAAGUGAUGUUCCACCAUUUUGGGUGCCUCAUUUUUGACAGUCCAUUCACACUGCAAGGAACUUUGAACUUGAAGUCAAACAUAACAUCUUUGUUUUGGGGAACAAAUGUACUGAGUAUUAAGGGUUACAAAGAGAAUAUCCACUUAUUGUUUUUAUUUGCAUUUCUGUUUUAGACCAGAGUCACCAACCUUUUUGAAAACCUAGAGUUACUUCCUGGGUCCUGAUGAAUGCAAAGGGGCUACCAGUUUGAUACACGCCUCUGUAAUAGCCAAUUGUUAGCACAGCAACGUAACAUCCAGUACACUAAAUAUGUGUUUUUCAACCUUUUUUGAACCACGGCACGUUUUUUUUUUACUUUGGAAAACUCUUGCGCCACACCACGAACCACCUCAAAUGCAUCACUAAGUCUACUGGAGGAACGAGGCAAUCAGCUACGUGUUGCCACACGGACGAGUAUUCCAUUGCUCUGCCGGUCUUUACACUACGGACACUCGACAAUGACAUAUUUUCAGAAAGUGAUUAAUAAAUGUUAUUUUUAUGAUAAUAAUUAGAUAAUAAUUAGGGUUAGAGGCACACCUAGUGUACCGCGGCACAGUGGUUGAAAAAUCAAAACACUAAACAGACUGAACUAGCAUGCUAACAAUAUCCAUUAGUAGUAAUGGCUAACUUAGCUCAGCAGUUAGCCACCAGCUCGGCGGCUGAAUCACAACACACGCCAAUAUCACGGUGCAACCAGCAUAUAGCGUUGAAUUAAUUAUAUAAGUUAUAUAAUUCUAUAAUUAUUAUAGAAAUAAUUGGGGUUACUCACGUUUAUAAACCGAUAUUGUUAGUUGGACAUCAAAUGUUACGACAACUCUGAAACCUGCUCCGCUGCCCUGGUGCUUUGAGGUGUAAAUGGAGGCUGCGUUUAAUCAUGUUCACUUAAAGCAACUAAGCAACUAAAGAGAACAGACACUAGUAAACCAGUCCUUUGGACAAAUGUUUAAAUUAUUUAAAAAUACAUUGCCCUUUUCCAGUUUACAUGUAAUUGUGUUUUAACAACAACGGGAAAAAUUAGAUGCAGCUCACAGGUUGUUGUGAUGUUCGGGGUGUCAGUGAAAGCAUCUCGCAAUCUGUUUAGUGAGGAAGUGUUGCGAUGAUGAACGGACGAGAGACGUGUUUGUUUUACAGUUCAUUCAUUCAUUCAUUCAUUCAUUCAUUCAUUCAUUUUCUACCGCUUAUCCAAACGAGGGUUUUCCCAAAAGAUUAUUAGAUUUUUUUACAUAUUUGACUUCACCAUAAUGUUAUUUUUUUCCAAUUUGCAAGACAAGAAGACCAAAAUGUUGCCAGGUUAGUUUGGGUGUUUCAGGAAGUAUUGUAUUUGACCCAAAUAUCAGACCGACCCACCCAAAAAAACCAAAAAGGUUUUCUUUGGGUCAUGAGAUUUACACACGCUAAUCUAAAGGUGCUGCCAAUUGAACUUCAGGGAUUUUCUUCCAGUCACUCACAAACAGGUUAUUUUACUGAUAUUGAAAAAUACCAUACAUUACUUUUGGCUGAAAAGAUAUUUUUCCAAAAACAGGUCGUGAAAAAGAGGGUGUCGUCUUAUUGUCAGUGUCAGCUUACAUUGGUGUCAAUAUGCUGUAUGACAGAUUUGAGUCCAUAUUAAUUAAAAUAAGCAAAUU